AUGACUCAGGCAUUUCUCCAGUCGGAGUUGACGAGCCUGAUCUCGGACUCCAAGCGCAAGCACAGCGAUGUUCGUUCUGCCGCCGAACAGUCCCUUGCUGACCUCAGAGCCAUAUCGGUGACAUCUGAGACCCAAUUGGCUGGCGACCUAGUUCGCCGCACCGACUUCAUCAAUCCUUUCAUUUUAGCCUGCAAGACCAAAAAUAUCAAACUGGUCAGUAGUGGCACAGUGUGUUUGCAGCGCUUAACUGCUAGUAGAGCCAUCCCCCGCUCACGGCUACAGGAUCUCCUGGAUGCCUUUGGCGAGGCUGUCAACUCUGGCUACGAGCCCCAGCUCAAGAUUCUGCAGACAUUACCGUCUUUACUACAGUUAUAUGCCUCUGACAUCUAUGGCGAUCUCCUUGCGAAAAUACUGGAGAUUUGUGUGGCACUGCAAGCCAGUAGAACAGCAAUUGUAAGCAACACAGCUGCUGCGACAUUUCAACAGCUUGUCAACAGUGUCUUUGACCAUGGCGCUAAAACUCAACCACCCCACUCGCCAAGUGAUAGCGAGAGCGAGGAUCGAUCUAACCAGCAAACAGACGGAUACGGCGAUGCCGUACGACUCUUUGAUGAUCUAUGUCUACUGCUCAAUCAUCAAGCACCAAGUUUCGUCAGGCUGGAGGCUUUGUCUCCCGAGUUUUUACUUGAAACCCUCCAGACCAUAUUAUCAAGCCAUACUGCAUGGAUUGUGUCACAACUUGGAUUGAUACAGACUUGCCGUGACCAUCUCUUUCCAGGCCUUUCAAGACAGAUCAAUCGCAAGGAUGGCUUCGGCACCAUCGUUCGAGCCGUGGCUAUUCUCCUUAUCCUGCUUCAAGCAGCCGCGGAGCUAUUUCAGGAGCAGCUGCAACCUGUCGUGACCUCACUUAUUCACGCUCUUGAGAAGGAUGCCAACAAUCUCUGGAAGCGAGCUCUCUGUAUGGAAUUCUUUCGCGAGAUCUUUGCAGAUUUUGGCACGUUGAGAAAGCUUUUCGAGUUGUUCGAUACCGCUGGUGACUCAAAGAUCAUCGGUCUCUUGAUGGCUUCAUUCGUUAGGAUUGCAGCAGAGGAUCCUUCCUUGAUUGGCCUUGGGCGGCAGUCAACUAUUCCCAUACACCGUGGAAAUGAUCUGAGGGGCGAUGAAAUAGCCUCGAUCGAAGCGCAAGGCCUUGGUGGUGCCAUCACUUCCGUGUCUUCGGCAGACUUAACAACAACUGGUUUGAGUACGGAAUGGAGUGUGUUGAAUACUCCAUUAAUGAGACAGCCUGACAGACAAGCGCCUCCUGCUCUUCCUAGCACAUACGUGUACGCCCUGGUUCUGGAGUGCACAGCAUCCUUCUGUGAUGGUGUUUCGAAGUUCGUUAUGCCAUUAAGCGUCCCAAGUCGUUCGGCUCGUCGUGGCUCUGGCGAGGAAGCCCGAAGAAACAGUAUGGCAGCCGAUCCCAAUGAGGAUGAACAGCCGCGCAAACCCCAAAGGUCUGCCACUUCCUCUCAAAAGUACCAGCGACUUGUCAAUCCCUUGCAACUGUCGAAGCACCCAUCUCUCGCCCAAAUCCAACUCUGCGCUACAAUGGUCGAGGCUUUCUGGCCAGCUGCACUUGCUACUUGUUCAACUUUCUUGAACUCCGCACUGGACUCAGAGUUCUACCAUAUACUCAUCCGAUCUGUACAAAAGCUUGCCCAGGUUUCUGGUGUCCUAGAACUCUCCACACCUCGUGAUGCUCUACUCACCACUCUAGCUAAAGCAUCGAUUCCUGCAAAUGCUAGCAGCGUCAUUGCUGCCUAUCAAAGUUCGAAAGCUCCCAAAUCCACCAGCCUUGAGGAGAUUGAAGAACAACUUGAUGGCCUUAAGUCUCCUCGGGAGAAUCACCCACCGGCUGUAUUCCCAAGCGGAAGCUCGCCUCUUAAUGUGCGGCACCUUCUCUGUCUGAGAGCCUUACUAAAUUUGGGCAUCGCGCUUGGACCUACUUUGGAGCAAGGGGCUUGGUUUAUUCUGAUCGAAACCAUGCAGCAGGUUGAGGCAUUGAUCGCAAUACCCACACUAGCCACAGGCUCUCAAGCUGGAACCCCCAAGAUUGGAUCAACUGGUCACGAAAGCCAGACUACAUUGGCAAGUGAAAUUGCCUCUGUACAGGCAGCAACCAAGCGUAUGCUCGAGAGUACCCGUGGAUACCAUGCUACAUCAUUUGCGAAUGUUAUAAAUGCAUUGUUUCGGCUGCUCGGUGAAAACGAGCGUGAAAGCAGCCCAGGACCAAAUCGAGAAAUGAUUUCUUCACCUCUUUCCAAAAGCAAACUUGAUCUGUCCCGACCUACCCAUCAUUCCUCGAGGAGCGUUUCUGGAUUGUGGACCAAAUCCAAGACAUUGGAUAUGGAGACGGGCUUUGUGUUGAACAAGACCAGUGAGAUCUCUCGUAUCAAUCUCCAUCGUUUCACCCAGCCUCUGGAAGAUGAACAAUCUUGGGAUUUAAUCACUUCUCGUUUGCUAAAACUUUGUCAGAAUAACGCGGUAUCUGAUAGCCAUCGCAUCCAAUCAGCAAGUAUCGUCGACUUGAUAGCCAUGGAAACUGUCAAGCUACUUGAUGAUGCCAAUCACAAGGUAGAAGAUCCGGAUAUAGUUCGAGCUUGGUGCCUCCAAGCGCUACUGAAGCAACUCCAGGUAUUAAACGCUUCCGACUUGCAAAACGGGGAUGACGUUGAAUACGAAAUUCACAAACGGCUACUUGAUGCGCUUGAAAGCAUGCUCAGUCACAGUGGAGACUCGCUAAGCGAGAGCUGGCCGAUUGCUCUUGACACCUUGUCUUUGUCAUUUGCAAGACUAGAACUUGAACAGGAGCUUGUAUCAAAUGGCCCUCCAGACUUGACCGAGCUAAGAGAAAAGAAUGCUCAGAUCUUGCGUGUGGGAUUCAGGUCGAUUCAAUUGAUUACGUCUGACUUUCUCAGCGUCCUGUCGGUGGAGUCUUUGGCAAAAUUGGCUCGGCUACUCCGAGAAUUUGGUUCUCAAGAUUUCGACAUGAAUGUGGCACUCACCAGCACCACUCUAUUAUGGAGUCUAGCAUCCCAGACCCUGACAAGACUAGAAACAAUCGAGUCGGCAUAUCUACCUCUGGAUGACACCAACAAAGGUGAGGUCAAUUCGUUACCAACUGCUGAUGGGGCGGAGCAACUGUGGUCCAUCACGGUGUCAGAGCUUCUCCAACUCUGCAACAACGAUCGAGGCGAUGUACGGAAUGCUGCCACCAGGGUGUUGUUAAAGACACUCGAGGCUUCUAGUGACAGUCUCUCCCCAGGUGCAUGGUCAACGGUCCUUGUAAAUGGAGUACUGGGUACUAUUUCCGUCUCGCUCGACCAACUACAAGAUGAAAAACACAAUCAAGAAGAUUGGAUGUCUUCUGUUGCACAACUGAUUGAGGGAAUCACGUUGAUUAUAAUUCAAAACCUGAAUGUCAUUUCCAAGCAUGGAACUUUUGCCAAAACUUGGGGUUGCUUGAUGGACGUCUUUGAAGCUAUCAUUGACACACGGUCUCUGAAAGCGUCAUCAUUGGCAUUUUCAGAUAUCGAUCAAUUGUUAUCUUCACUACCAGUGCUUGGAGAAUUUGAUCACGCUCUCCUUUCCCCGGCAUUGCGAAUAUGGAGUACCCAUCACCCUGCCGAUAUCCAGGGAACAGAAGACCAGAAUCCAAAUCAGGCUGCGGUUACAGCGCACGCCAAAAUGUUUGUACAAGCAUACAGAACAUGUCCCUCUGCUGUUCAAAAGUUCGAUCUCGAUGGAGAUCGUGUCCAAGACUUGCUCAGUAUUGCCAUUAGACAGACUGUCAUCUCUGCCCGUCAUCCUCCAUACACGAGUGAUGUCAAAAUUCCAUCUACAGAACAAAAAGAAGUGCUGGAAUGUCUUUCAAUACUGAAAACACUACUUAAGGGAACGGUGGAUAAUUACUUCAAAUACCUUUUGGAUUUACUGCGCUCCAUUUUGUUGAUCGAGAAUGGAAGAGUCAAUGCGACCAAAAAGCCGGCGAUUAUGAAAUCCAUGCAACGACCUACAUUCAUCGCAUUUGCUUCCGCAUGCUUGGACAUUGUCCGAUUCAUCAUUUUGGAGUGCUCGCAAGGACAGACAUUCAUGGACCAGCAGCUGAUAGAAGAGGCUUUCAUUGUCCUGUCUGCUUUGAUAAGUACAAAAUACACGGAUUUUCCAAGUAAUAACGAUGCUCCUCUGUGGAAAAAUGCCACCACCACAGCAAUUGUGAUGUUGGAGGCAACCACCAAAGAAUGUCAGAAAGCGCGCAAGACGACGGCUCAGAUACAUAUUGGUAGAACAGCUGAGUCGCUUAUUCCCCUAACUCGCCAAAUCCUGGCUUCCGAGGGCCUAUCGAAGGGUCCAAUAAAGCAGAAACAAGAAAUUCUAGUGGAAGACGAAACGUUCGACAUUGAACAGUUUCAACGCCUCCACGAUUGCAUCGUCACCCUGUUCCAGCAAUCUUCAGUUGAUCAAUCUUCGUGCCGGAAAUAUGCCAUCACAAUCUUCAAUGCUUCUCUACUGGCGAAACCAUGGUUCUCCGACAUUCCUGUCGACCUUGAAAACGACCCUCUCAAGGGUCUUACCGACCCGCGACCUGGAAGUGUUCAUAGACCUGUGUUUGCGGUGCGAAGACGAAUAUGCUAUGCAGCGCUCAAUGCACUAUUCGACCUUGUAACUCGCCAACCGCGAGGAGAAAGCUCAUUCAAUGACGAAGGCGAUCUUGAUGGAAGAAACUCUCCAUUUGCGCUCCACCUAGCUCAGAAUGCGUCUCCGUACUUACUCCUCCGUGUCGUACUUCCCUUAAAGACUUUGAUGUCUGAUCAGCGACUGCGUGGGCUCACACCGCCACCUCUACCACAACAAGCAGAACUACAAACUGUGCUCACUAAAUUUGUGCAACUCAGAAGCGAUGGGCGUGCAUUUGCCAAAAUCACUGCCUCAAUUGAUCCCAGCAAAAAUUAUGAUGAUGAUGGUGACCAAGACAAUUAUGACGAGUCCAGCGACGAUGGUAAAGAACACCUCCGCAUCCUGUACCAGUUCCUCCUGCGUGUGUCGAUUUUCUGGCGAGGGCUUCCACGACUAAAGGGUGAAGGCGCAUGGCAGGCUGAUGAGCCGGGAAGAGCCGUUGACGCGGCGAUCAGUCAGUGGAGCGAGGUCGUUGGUGAAGCUUGGGGAGGUGUCUAG